AUGGUCAAAAAAGUCAAGAAAAUCGACGAUUCUGCCUCGAUCGAAAUGCCAAUGGCCCAAAUCGACGAUGCUGAUGACGUGGCAGAGGACUAUGAAGUGUUCGAUAUGUCCAACAUCGCCGCGCCGGUCAUCGAAUUCGAGUUGCCGAAUUUGGUAGCGAAAAAUGCGCCAAAAACCAUGGAAAAGGCUGAAAAUGAUCGAAAAUCGAUGAAAAAACCGAAAAAAUCAGUGAAAAUUGCUCCAGAAGCUCAAAAAUCGGAUUCUGAAGGGGAGGAAGGUUCAGACGCUAGAAGACCGGAAAAUGCUCAAAAAUCACUCAGAAAAGAAGCGAAAAAGGCUCCAGAAGCUCAAAAAUUGGCUGAAAAAGAUGCUGAAACUGGCCGAAUCCAGCUCACAGCAGAAAAAUUGAACAAUGAGCUGGUGGGACUUCGCGCGACGGUAACGAAGGCUAAAGAUCAAUGGAUCAGCAAAGUGAUCAGGAAGAAAAAGGAAUUGGAAAAGAAGAGAAAGGAGGGAAAAGGUGGAAAAGAGGAGGUGGUGGAUGCGAAAUUGAACAGGAUGAUGGAGGAGAUUUUGGCGUUAAAGACAAUCGAUCGGGACACCAUCGCCAAAUUCGCUUCGCUGAACACCAAAACGUUGAAUGAACUGAAAAUCGAUGGAUCCACGCCGAUGGCCGAGCAAGUCAUGUACAAGUUGGCGUGCCAUGAAGUCGUCGUUUCCAGAAUUCAGGCGAUCAAACAAAAGUAUAUCGAAUGGAACAAGACGGCGGCGUUUUUCAUGCAACGGCUCGGAAGGCAAUACUCCACGAAACCAGAGAAAAAGGAGAAAAAAGCGAAGCAUUCUGAUGAAACGAAGGGAAUUCAGAAGGCGAAAACGGAUUCAGAAAACGUCGUGGAUUCUGGAGAAGAGAGCGAUGUGGAGGAAGAUGCGUUGGAUGAUUCAGAAGACGUGGAAAAAGAAGAAGAAGAGGGGGAGGACGCUCCAGAUGACUACGAUCAGUCGGACGUCGAAAUGGUGGAUAGUGAUGAUGAAGACGUCGGGGUGGAGGCGGCGAAGAAGAGGAGAAAUAUGCUCCUCAAUCUAAUCGGUGUCAAGGAAGACGCGUCCCGUCCGGCUCUCAAUCCAAAAAAGCGAAAAAUCGUUGACGACGAUUCACAAGACGUCACGGAGACGACGUCAUCUGAACCAUCGAAGAAGCAGAAAACGAAAGAAGCGAUGAAGGCAGUGUUGGAGAAGGCGUUGAAGGCUGAAAAGGUGGAAAAGCCGAAAAAAAUGGUUCCAAAGAAGGUGGAAGUGUCUUCUGAAGUAGAAUCUGAAGACGUGGAAGAAGAAGCAGAUGACGUCGAGGAGGAAGAGGAUCCAAAUCAGCAAACUCUGGUCAUGAAAAUCGACCUAUCACAAGGUGGAAAAAUAGCCAAAUCGACGGCGGCUCCGAAAUCGACGAUGGCUGCUCAUGCUCCAAAGAAGGCUUCAGAAGACGUGGAGGAGGAGAAUUCUGAAGACGAGAGCUCUGGAUUCUUCCUUCCAGCGUCCUCUAAAGGAACGUCUUCAGCUUCUAAAUCGAAAGCAGUGCCGGAAUCUGGAGGAAUCGCGAAGAAAAUGGAGAAAUUGGGAGUUGAGGAGGAUCUGAAGAUGAAGAAGAAUAAGAAUACGAAGAAGAAGGGACCAGUGGGAAAGAAGAAUUUCCAACCCCCAGCUACUACCACCGAAAACAAGAAGAAGGGCACAUCGAAGAAUUCGACGUCUUCAGAAGGCCAAAUGCAUCCAUCGUGGCUCGCUUCUCAAGCCAAAAAGAAGGAGUUGGCGGCGGCGAAACCAGCUGGAAAGCGCAUUUUAUUCAAUGAUGAAGACUAG